GCGCAUGCGCAGGAUUGCUGGCAGCCGUUGUCUGAGUGAUUUUUGUAUGUUUUGUAAGUUUGCUGAACCAACCUACCAGUUUUUUUCUUAACAGUGCUUUGCUUUCGUUUUGUUCCGAGAGUCUUUAUUUACUGGAUUUCUCAGUGACUGCGCUAUGAAUCCAGUGUGUGAUGAUGAUGUCAUCAUCUGAUGGUGUGACGUCACCCGAGUCCACCGUCACCUCACUGUUUGCAACAUCAGGACAUCUACAGAGCAGUUUAGAUCCAGAUCCAGUCCCCACCAUCACAUACAGAGAUAAACAUUAUGUCUCUGCUUCAGAAGCUCUGGAUGCUUACAUUGCUGACUUCCAGAAGACUUCAACAGGAAAACUCAAAAUCACCAAACAGAUUUCAGUGCCUCAUCCACGAAACAGAGAUGUCUUGAAGACGAGUUUAACAGAGGGAGAGCUGAACUUCCUGAAUAUUCCCGUCAGGAAUAGAGACUCUGAUCGUCUCAGUAUGACCACUGAUGAUCUUCUGGCUCUCCCGAUUGACGGCUCUUUGCCUGUGACCCGCACCUCCGCUUUCCUUUCCCAAUCUGAGAUCUUACCAGAGGGGCGGAGCUUUAACUCCAGUACCUGGUUUCAGUCAAGACCCAGUGGAGCUCAAAAACGCUUCAUGCACCCCACUCCACAAAGAGCUCCGGCCACAGGAAGAUCAUCAGCGAGUAGGAAAUCCCUCCCUGUGGACGAUUUAUUGAUCGGUAGUUCACUGCAUCGAGGUCUCAAUCACCGACCGUCCCACCAGAAGGAUCCAUGCCACACUCCCAGAUCCCAUCACCUACCACGCUGGCUGACCAGCCAGAAAUCUGAAAUGGAUUUUUCCGGAAUAACCAGCGUUCCUGACUUAAAAUACCCAGGAUGGCUGGAACAGUGUGAGGAAUCAUCAGCCGGCAGCAGUCGGAUCGCUCCUCCUCACAGAAUUCCAUCUUGGGUGGAUGAACUGGAAGAAUCCAGAGGAGAAAGACAGUCAGAGACUGAAAGUCACAAAGAUGUCAAAGGUCAUCCGGGAGCGCUUUGUGGAUCUAAGGAUCUGUGUGACCUGAGGAAGCUGCAAUUGCAGUUUUCAGAACCAGUAACGAGACAACCGACGCAGGAUAAGAAACUUUUUAAAGAUGAUAAGAUUGGUUCACUGAUCUUCAGAGCUGAGCAGAUGCUCAACUCAUCAUCUCUCGGUCUCUGUGAGCCGGUUACAGAACACAACAACAACGACUCAGGAGAUAUGGAGGACAGCCUGGAUGCAGACCGCUCCUGGGAAAAUCCACCUGUGACAUUUAAAUCUCCAGUGACUGUAGGUGGCGCAGAUGAACAAUCCCAGUCUGAAGAACAGCAAAGAAACCUGUCUUCAGCUUCCGGUUCAUCCGGUUACAGCAGCAGAAAACAUCCAGGUCCAGUGGAGGCGCUCAAACACAUGCUGCUCCGCCUGCAGGCUGUCGAACACAACAUCAAUCAAUCCAACACAUCAGAUACACAGAGAGAAGAAGAGGAACAGCUGGACAGAGAAGAAAAUGACUUGAACAGAAGUGGAGAGUCUUUACAGAGAGUUUUGCAUCACGUGGACAGACUGAAAACUCUUGUGGAUGUCAUGAACGAGAAGAAAGACGAACCAUACAGAGAAACCUGCAGUUAAUUUUAAGAUCAAGACUGUCCAGACUGUAUUUUUCACCCACAGCUGAACUCUUAUAUUUGUCAGUUGCCAUAUCUAUAUGCCAACAAGGCCAACCUGUAAUGUUUUUGAAAUGUACAUGUGCCAACAGCAAGUAUUUAUAUUUUAACUGCAUCAUAAUAUUGAUUUUUAAAUUUCUAUUAAAAAUCCAAAGUAAGAGUAAA